AUGGGCUUUCUUUGUUUACUACUCAAUUGUCAACCCGUAAUCACAGGCGGCUUCUGCGAGACGUACCUGCUGAAGGGCCGCGAGAACGCCAACAUGUUCGGCGUCAUCUUCAAGAGCAUCCUCCACUUCUCGCUGGUCAGCGCCUACAUCGAACAGGAGGAGAAGUCACCCUAUGGAAAGCAGCUGGAGAACGGCCUCAACAUGGGCCACUUCUACCUGAUCAGCGCCGUCAACUCCAUCGAGCUGGAGAAUGAGAGCAACCAGAUACAGCUGGUGCGGCUGCGCAACACCGCCACCAACGCCGCCGACUGGAAAGGCGGCUGGGGCUGCAAGUCACGCGAGUGGGCGCUCAUUCCCGAGCUGGAGAAGGAGCGCUUCGGCCUGGCCCUGGACGCCGAGGGCGAGUUCUGGAUGACCUACGACGACUUCAGGGCCAACUUCAGCCGCCUAGACCUGUGCAACUUCAACAAGUCUUCCGCGAAGUACCGCUGGGAGAUCGUCAGCCACGAGGCCGCCUGGGAGGUGGGCGUCAGCUCGGGCGGCUGCUCUACGAAGGGCCCCUUUGCCAGCAACCCGCGCUUCUACCUCACCAUCACCGGCAAGGACUGCGACCCCGAUGAGGGCAACCUGGCCACCGUCGUCGUAGGGUUGAUGCAGAAGAGCCGGCCGGCGAAGAAGAACACUGGUCUCUUUGACCUGAAAAUAG